AUGUCUGUUGUAACCCUCAUUAAUGGUGGUUUAAGACAAACCCAACCAAUCAUCUUCCUCACUAUCUUCUUUCUCCUCAUGGAGAGAGAUAUGAAGAAACAAUUAAAUCAAACUUUAUUGUUUAUUUUAGUUGGUUGUUUACAUUUACAUGUUUGCUUGGGUGCAUAUGAUAAGAUUGCAGGUGAUGAUUGGUAUGUGCCAUCUCAUGUAACACCUUUAACAAACUCUGGUCUCUUUUCAGAGAGUAGAGAUACAUCUGUCAAUAUUGGUCUAGGUGUAUUUGAUGUGUCUUGGAGACAGAUCAAUCCAACUGUCGGUGUCUAUCAAUUCAAUACGACCACUACCAUCUUGGAGAUGGACUUUGCUACCUUUGCAACUCAAAAUGCAACAACUAAUCCCUUUUGGAUGAGAAUAUGGACAACUGGUGUUGACUGGGCUCCAUCAAACAUCCAAUCUAUUUGCAAUGUUACUUCAAUUGGUAAAGAUUAUGAUGGUCAUGAUCAUUUACCAAUUUGGAAUCCAUGUGUUUGGGGAGAGAUGAAAAAGAUGUAUAGAUAUAUAUUUUUAGAAAAGGGUAUGAGAGCAGACCCUAGACUAAAAUUCAUCUAUGUUCCAGGUGGAUUCAAUUGGUGUGAAUUUGAUUUCACAGAGAUUGGAAACUAUAUCAAUAAUGUAAAUACAUCCUUUACAUUUGAUAUGUUUAACAGUUGGUUCCAACAAGGAAUGCAAGAUUUGGUAAAUAUCUUUAAUGGUGAAAACUCUGAUCCAAACGAUGAUUAUGCUUAUAAACUUGUAUUUACAGGUGAAGAUUAUCCAUUUGAUAUUGAUAAAUGGACAACACCAAAGAAAGAUUUCUUUGCACGUGAUGCAGUUGCAAAAGGGAUGGGAAUUAGAACUGGUAUUACAGAGUUGUUUAAUUUCCAUUUAUCAGAUAUACCUGCCUACGGUACUGUGAUUGAUAAAAGUAAUGGACAUUUGGUGACUAAUUGGUCAUGGCCAUUACUACAGAAUCCAAACCGUGUCAUUGCAACAGAGAAUGAGUGUUAUGAUGAAUGUGGAUACAAUGUACCUAAAAACACACUAUACUAUGCAGUUAAAAUGUCUAAUCUAAAAGCACUCCAAAUGAAUGUAAAUUGGUUGUAUGUCGUCAAAACUGCCAGUUAUCUCGUACCGUAUUCAUCGUUUUACACUUGGGUUCGUUUAUCAUUGGGUCGUAAACAAUCAGAUGCCUUUGAUGCUUGGGUGUCUCUUCGAUCGGCUCAAGAUACUUAUUGGGUGGAUCGAAAUGACUUGGUGUGGCCUUCACGUCCAUGGGUCAACAAUUACGAGAGAUUCCUAGUUCAACUAGAUCAACCUGGGUACACUACGACCAAUGGUACAACUACCUACACUGGUGUGGCUGAUGCUGCCAAUGGCAAGUCGUUCGAAGGUAGAAUCACAAGCACAUCAAUGUUAUUCUAUCUCGACGAUUCCUUUAUGUAUGGUGCUCAAACCAACUUGCAAAUCAAGGUGACCUACAUGGACAAGGUUGCAUCCUCCUGGAAACUAGAAUACAACUCUGAUGGAUCGACCAAAGUCAGUACAGAUACUGUCAAUGUUGGUACUACUGGUGGUAACUUUACAGUUACAUUCAACAUCUCAACCGCCAACUUUUCCAAUCAACAAGUAUCCAAUUCUGAUUUCACCAUUGUCAAGACUGGUUCUGCUCCAAUUGAAAUUCUUUUUGUUCGUGUCAUUAAAUCUUCACAAUCAACUACAACUGGUAGUUCCACCACUACUACUUCAACAACAGGUACUCCCACCACCACUACCUCCUCAUCAACUGCAACCUCUUCACCAACAACCUCCACAUCAGAUGAUUCAACUACCAAAGGUGUAACACCAUCAACUGGUACCAAGAUCUUAUCAUCAUCUUCAUCUUUAUCAUUAUUAUUAUUAAUGAUCAUUUUAUUUAUUUAUUCACCUACUAUAACUAGUGCAUCACCAGAUCAAUACACAAUUAUAGUGUCUGGAUCCAAUUUUGGGAAUGUAGUGAGUAGUGUAUUGUUUGUAGCACCUACCUAUCCACUUGGAACCUUUACAGCUAUCACUCCAUCGUAUUUAUCACCGACACUUGCAAUCUUUAUGUGGUCUGUUAAUAUAUUGAAUGGGCCAUUUAGAGUAUCUGUCAAUGGUGUGUUUACUCAACCUUGGACUAUAUCAUAUUCUCCAUUUAUCGAUCAAAUGACACCGGUUGGUACUACUGGUGGUGCUAAUAUAACUAUUAGAGGUACUUCGUUGUAUGCAUUUGACAGUCUCGGUACUCCACUCACACCAAAGGUUAUCAUCGGAUCCUCUACCUUGUGUCCAGUACUCUCAACAUCGAUCGAUGCCACCUACACUUAUAUGGUGUGUCAAGCACCUCCAGGAACUGGAACUAAAACAGCAACUGUCUAUAUGAACAAUAUAGCUAGUAACGUGUUCUCCUAUUCCUAUGCUGCACCACUGAUCACAUCGAUCAUACAAAGUGAAACUGAUUUCAGUCUAACUAUUCAAGGUGCUAAUUUCGGUCCCAACAAAGAUCUAAUCACCACUGAUGUAGCUGCAUUUGAAACUACGGUUGUUUCAUUCACCGAUACUAGAAUCAUCACCAAUGCAUCACCACAAUCUGCCAAUGGAUUCAUUCAAGUUAGAGUUGACGGUCUUCAAUCAAUUGCACCAGGAUAUCCAAUCCAUUUCAAACCAGCUAUUACCUCUGUACCAAUCGUUCCCGUAGCUGGUGGAUUGUUAACUAUUUCUGGACGUUACCUUUCAAUUAAUCGUGCUAAUGGUACCACUACCGAUUUGACUGUAUUAUUCAACUCGAAACCAGCAACCCUUAGUUCAUCGUCUUACAACCAGGUAUCUUCCUUUUUAGGUGUGAUUGCACCUGCUGGUGUUGGUGCCAACCUUUCAUUGACCAUCACCGCCGAUGGAAUAGUAUCUGAAACAUUCCUAUUCAGUUAUGCUGCUCCAACCAUCACUGCAGUCAUCCAAGGAACAGGUUCUACCAUUUCAAUCAUUGGUGAAAACUUUGGUAGUGAUCUGUCAGACAUUGUAGUCAUGACCAACAGUCAAUUGAUCCUACCAACUGCAUUCAUCACUGGAGGAGUAACUUUUAGUGCUCUUGCAGAGCUCAAGAAUGGAGUUUUGAAUAUUCAAGUCGGUAAUCAAAUGGCUGCAUCCAAUUUCCCAUUUGUUUUGGCACCUGUCCUCUUUACAGUCUCUCCUCUCUCGCUAACUGGUGGUAUCCUUACUGUUAGUGGUCUCUAUUUAAAUAGUGUAGAUUACCAAGGAACCCAAGUUGCUGUAACUGUAUUGUUGGCCAACUUGGCAUGCACCAACACAGUUGCCAAAGGAGCCACUUUAACAUGUCAAUAUCCAAGUGGACUAGGUGGACAAGCUGUCUUGUCUGUUUAUAUUGGAACGAAACAAACUGUAUUAGUUGUCACUUUCCCACCACCAAUCAUUACUUCACAGUCUCUGACCCAAAAUACAACCGAUGGAACUGUUACUGUUGUUGGUAAAAACUUUGGUACAUUAACAUCAAAGAUUGUAUUAUUAUUUGGUACUCUUCAAUCUGUCAGUGAUACAACCGUCAUAUUUACAGUUUCGGAUACAGUUACCAAUGCUCCAUUCAAUCUUACUUCAUUUGGUCAAUUUUCAAAUAUUAUUCAAUUCUCUGUCACCCCAUUGAUCACUGGUAUAUCUGGUGUUAAAACAAUUGGAUCAACUACAACAUUGACAGGUAAAUACUUUACAGGAAUGAGAGCUAAUCAAACUCCUACAAGUAGUUCUAUCCAAAUUGAUGGUGAUUCUUUAAUCACAUCACAAAUUUCAAUGCAAGGUACCACGUUAACAUUCCCACUACCAGCUGGUACUGGAGUAAAUCAUACAUUGGUAUUAACAAACGAUGGUCAAAGUGCUACCUUGUUAUUCUCGUAUCCAGCUCCAACCAUUACUGGUAUUUCUCAACAAUCAGUUGCCAAUCACUACACCCAAACAAUCUCCAUCUCUGGUACUUCAUUUGGAGUGGUCAGUGGAAAUGUUAAAAUAAUAUUUGCUAAUCAACCAAAUGUUCAAUUAGAACAAGUAGUUGUCAGUGACUCUUUAAUCACUGCAACUCUACCAAAGUUUGUACUCAAUGGUUUCGUGAUGGUCAAUGUCUCUGGUCAAUCUUCAUCUUCAUAUCCCAACCAAAUUGGACCAAUUCUCAAAUCAAUCACAUCAGCUGAUGCAGAAGGUGGUGAAAUCAAGAUUGGUGGUUUAUAUCUCAACAAUGUCGAUGCUUUUAGAUCAACCGUUCCAAUCACAGUCAUGUUCCCAGGUGAUACUCCAUGUACCAAUGUCGUAAAGAUUGCCGAUGAUCAAGAUAUGAGUUAUAUCACUUGUCAAGCUCCACCAGGUAAUGGAAUUAAUAUUCCUGUUACGGUUCAAGUCGGGUUGGUAUCAGAUACUAUCAACUUUGCCUAUGGUGCACCUGUCAUCUUUUCGGUCAACAUUGCUAACGACAAUUCAAUAGUAUCUAUUGUUGGAAAGAACUUUGGAGAUUCACAAACAAGUGUAUCAGUUUAUCUUGGAAAUGUGCCAAUCAUUUCAUACAGUUAUGUCAACAAAACCCUCAUAGUGAUGCCUACAACUUCAACAAUGAGAAAUGCACUCAUCACUGCCAAGCUUGUAGAUGGUCGUGUCUCCAAUCCAGUACCACUUAAUUUCAAACCUAUCAUUACAUCUGUUUCAAAGCCAGUUAAAACAAUCGGUGACCAGUUGACAAUUGUUGGAUCAUAUUUAUAUUCAACUAGACUGGAUCGAUCACCAACCAAUAUAGUAGUAGUCAUUGAAGAUCUCAAUCAACAAUGUACCAAUGCUGGUGCAUCACCAACAAUGAUUAUUUGUACUUCACCUCAAGGUUCUGGUGUCAAUCAUAAUAUUAGUGUUUUUAUCGAUGGAGCACAAUCACCAUCACCAGUCCAAUUCUCAUACAUUGCACCUUUAAUCAGCAGUAUUGUUCAACAAGGCAGUAGUGAUGAUUUAGUAGUCACAGGUACCAAUCUUGGAAUUGAUAUUGCAAAGAUAACAAUCAACAAUCAAAUCAUUGCAACUACUCUAGUAAACCCAACAACUCUGUCUGCUAAAUUGACAGGUCCAUCAAAGAAUGGAGAUAUUAUAGUCAAUGUUGACGGUCAAGAUAGUAAUACUCAACCACUCAGCAUCAAGGCAUCUGUCACCUCUAUCACAUCAACCUCACCAUAUGGAGGUGUUGUUGAAUUAGUUGGUAAAUACCUUUGGACUACAAGAUUGGUUUCAACUCCAACAACCAUCUCUAUUCAAAUUGGAGGAGAAGAAUGUACCUCACCAGUUGCCAAUGGAAGUGAUGGAACCAAGUUGAAAUGUACUCUUGGUGAUGCAAGUCAAUUUGAAUCUGAUAUUGAUUUAUCAAUUGAUUCUGUCGAUGCAUACAUAACAGCCACUUACACCAGUAAUCCACCAGUUCUCACAUCGAUUUCAUCGUCUUUCUACCUCAUCUCAAGUGUCGUCACCAUCGUUGGUACUGAAUUCUAUUCACCAUCUACUGUCACCAUCGGAGGUAGUCAAUGUGGUGGUGUUGUAGUUGUCGAUGCACAACAUAUUACUUUUACAUUUGAUAGUGAUGCUGGCAACAAUGCAACUUCAACUUUGGAUGUCACUAUUAUUUCUGCAAAUUCAGAUGAACAUACCUUUGCAGGAGUAUUCAAAUACACAUUGUUACAAUGUUUGAACUCAUGUUCAUCACAUGGAACCUGUGUCAGCUCUGGACAAUGUCAAUGCAACAAUGGAUACAGUGGAGCUGAUUGUUCAAUCACAUACAGUCAAUCAUUGGUGUCGGGUGACUCUGGAUCAGUGUCAGGAGGUAAAUUCACAAUGUUUAACAACUCUAUGGAAUUCCUACUUUCACACAUUCAAGAAGUUCGUCAAGACAAUACUAUCGUUCAAACUAUUCCACUCACCAAAUGGGACGUAUAUGAUGAGUAUGGAAAUACAACCGUUUACAACUCAACAUCAACCACACACAACAUUCAACUCUAUGUCACCAAACAUUCAACAGCAUCUGUUCAAUCAUACCUUGGUGAUGAUCUUGUUAUUCCAUCCAACUCUAUCAAACAUUUUAUGACCAUCGAUAGUUCCACAUUUGAAUCGAUCAACUCAUCACUACGUAUCAUCUAUCAAUUCAAAUCACCAUCACAAAUCGAAUACAAAUGCGACAAUGAAACCACCAAAUAUCACUACGAUACAUCAUCAUCAACAACCAUCAAAUCAUAUACUAUUGACACACCAGUCGGUACAAUGAUGGCAUCAUUCAGCAACCGUGCCGAUAUCGAUGACACCAAUGCAAUGGUAACAUCCAUUCAAGCAAUCACAUCAGUCGAUUCAUCAACCCAAUCAACAGCAGGUAUCCAAUACAUUGGCAUACAAGUUCCAUCAUUUGCAGAUUUUGUUGAAAUCGAUCCAAUAUUCUCAGCCACAUCAAAGACUGCACCAUCAACUGAUUCAUGCGUUGUAUCAUCUUCAUCCAUCACCACACCAUUCCUCUUGUUUGUAGUAUCAUUCAUAUUAUUAUCUAUUUUCUAA